CUCACUUGCUGCUCAGGGUUGAGGUCUGAGUGUGAGUGACCUCACAAUAUGCAGAGUGGGGCCCAGCCCACUGCCACAGCCUCAGUCCACCAUGCUGAGUACCCUGUGGCUGCUGCUCAGCUUUGCUGUCCCGGCACAGGGGGUCUACAGAUUUGUCAGCUGCCCCCAUGGCAAGAAAUGCCAGAAGGCCCUGCUCUCGGGCAAUGACGUACUCCUACAGUGCCAGUCUGCUGGGGCGCACUGGUCCUUCUUCUUCCUGCAGACCAGAAACGGCUGGACCACCUCCAACACCAGCGUUUCCAACAUGGAAACAACCCCUGUAGGCCAUCUUGUCAUCAGAAACCCACAGCCCUCCCAGACGGGCCUUUACAGCUGCCAGACCAAGAACGGCACCCAAGUGACACAGUACGAGAUUGAUUUCCAGAAUGUCAUUGCCCUGUAUAUUACACACAAAGACCUGGACCAAACUUCCCUGGAGAAUGGUUCCCUGAACCUGGGUCGCCGGGAGACCAUCUUCACCCAGUGGGAGCCCUGGCAGGACUGUAACCGCUGCAGGGUGCCCGGAGAACGCAAGCGCCUGGGCUACUGCUACGUCCAGGAGCCCCUGGGAGAACCCGUUCCCUGUGGGAUCUUUCUGGGACAGGCCAGGCUGAUGUCCAAGCGUCUGCGACCUGAGAUGCAGGUGGAGGCCUGCCAAGUGCCCUGCGACCCGCACCAUGUCCACCAGAACGAGUACACCGUCUUCGACAAUUUCCAUUUCAGCAAGGACUCAGGAUCUCUGUGGCUCGCCUGCCCCUUGGGAUCCAUCUACAGGCCCAUCAUGUGGGAAGCCAACGGCACCUCCUUAACUUGGCAGGACCAGCUCUCUGACCAGGAGAUCGGCACCAUCCUGGAUCCUUCCACUGGCGGCAGGCUGCUGCAGAUUUUCCAGCCGGCCACGUACAAAUGCUUCGUCCAUCAGGAGUUCAUGGCUCAGUUCAGCCCCAUGAUCAGUCCAGAGAAGCUGGAGGAUCAGAAGAGCAAGAAGGAGGACCAGCACUGGCAGGUGGGGAAGGUCCUGACCCCACCAAAGGAGGCAGACUCAGUUCUCAAGGGGUUGAAGCUCAUACUGCUGGUGGUCUUUGUCCUGGCCCUGGUAGGGCUGCUGUUCAGGGUGUUCCGCCCCACCUGGGACAAAAGAAAGAAUUCGGUCCUGCUGGUGAAAUAA